AGAGAGAGAGAGAGAGAGAGAAUCAAACAAGACAAUGAAGAUGAGAUCAAUGACCAUGGUGGAGAUGUGGGCUUCACUGGGUUCAACCAUGGCUAGUUUCAUGUUUGUUUGGGCAAUCAUCCAGAGAUAUUGUCCCCCUGAACUCCGGCGAUACUUGGAAAAAUCGACAAAUAGGCUCACGACCUUCUUCAAUCCUUACAUUCAAAUUUCCAUCCACGAGUUCACCGGAAGCAAUCUUAAGCCACAUAAAGCCUACGGAAGAGUUGAGGCGUACCUUAGCGUUAAUUCUUCGAAAAGUGCCAAGAAAUUGAAAGCUGAGAUGGUGAAAGGCAGCAGCAAGCUGGUGUUGAGCAUCGAUGACCAUGAGAAAGUGACCGAUGAAUUCCGAGGAGUUAAGGUCUGGUGGGUUUCGGGAAAAGUCGGAUCAUCAGCACGGCCGAUGUCGAUGUAUCAUCCAGAGCCAGAGAAAAGAUAUUACAGGCUCACCUUCCACAAGAAACAUAGGGAGACGGUGACUGAGUCUUACUUGGAGCAUGUGAUGCAGAUAGGGAAGGAAAUUAGGGGAAGAAGCAGGCGAAGGAAGCUCUACACGAACAGCCAGAAACACUCGAUGUGGAGCCAUAUAGUGUUCAAGCAUCCAGCGACGUUUGAUACGCUAGCAAUGGAGUCGGAGAAGAAGCAGGAUGUUAUUGAAGAUCUUUUGGCCUUUACACAGAGUAAAGAUAUGUAUGCAAGGAUUGGCAAGGCAUGGAAACGAGGAUAUCUCCUUUAUGGCCCACCAGGCACUGGGAAAUCCACCAUGAUUGCUGCAAUGGCAAAUUUAUUGGAUUAUGAUGUUUAUGAUCUUGAGCUGACAUCCGUGAGGGACAACACGGAACUGAAGAGGCUUUUGAUCGAGACUACGAGUAAAUCGAUCAUUGUGAUUGAGGAUAUUGACUGCUCACUUGAUCUUACAGGUCAGAGGAAGAAACAAGAGAAAUCUCCAGAAGAUGAGAGCAUAAAAGGGAAAACAGAAACUCCUCACAAAGAAAAGAAGGAAGAGAGUGGCAGCAAAGUUACUCUCUCUGGAUUGCUGAAUUUCAUUGAUGGGCUCUGGUCUGCUUGUGGAGGAGAGAAAAUUAUUGUCUUCACAACUAACUAUGUAGAGAAGCUGGACCCAGCUCUCACAAGAAGGGGAAGGAUGGACAAGCAUGUCGAACUCUCUUACUGCAGUUUCGAGGGAUUUAAGGUGCUAGCAAAAAAUUACCUUGAACUAGAAGCACAUCCAAUGUUCCAAUCAAUUCAUCGGUUGAUAGAGGAGACCAAGAUCACGCCAGCUGAUGUUGCGGAGAACCUCAUGCGCAAAUCUCCGAGAGAAGAAGCAGAGAAAUGUCUGUCCAAUCUGAUUAGAGCUCUUCAGGAAGCAAAGGAAGCAGCAGCUAAGAAAAAAGGUGAAGAGGAAUCAGAUGACAUUGAACAGGCAAAUGAAGACGCCCAACGGAAAGAUAAGCAAGAAUCUGAUAAACCAAUCUAAAAUAGUUGCGACAAAAUAAACAACAUUUGAAGAGUUUUCAGCUGACAUUUGUCAGGUUUAUUCAUCUCUUGAGGUCUCAUAUCUAUUUCUAACUAAUUGUAUUACAUUUAUCAAACUAUAGACUGAAACUUAAGCAGUGCCAUAUGCAAGUUUAUCCAGGCAACUUCAACAUUACACAAUUACCUUCUGAACAAAGAGAGAAGACUUAUAAAAAAUUGCAACUUCUUAAUGAUAAUUCCAUUACAACAAGGAAAUCACUUUAUAAACUUGAUUAUG